AAGUUUUUUGAUAACGUAGACGCACAAGGAAAGAGUUUUCUUUCAAAAAGAAAAAAGGGCACCAAACAGCGCUGAAACAUGGUGAUCAGAUGGUGUAGCCACCGGUAAUCUGUUUCGGCAGGUUUAUAAAUAGCAGCCCUUAUCAUCUCCUGAUUUAUGACCUAUCCCCAAAUUAAAACACCAGCCAAGUAAGUAAUUAAGCUCCCUAAUAAACAGCCACACAAAACACUUCCCGUACGUUGUUCCAGUACGUAAUAGCAAGAAGAUAGAUGAAGAAGGCGUCGUCACUGUCUCAGCUGGGUUUCGACGCGGACAACGCGUCGUCGGGGUUCUUCCGGGCGGUGGGCGACCACCCUUGCACGCCGACGUUGCACCGCCGUCGACUGACCAAGGUGUCGGUGAUCGGUGCAGGCAACGUGGGCAUGGCGAUCGCGCAGACCAUCCUGACGCGCGACCUUGCCGACGAGAUCGCGCUGGUGGACGCGCUCCCGGACAAGCUCCGCGGGGAGAUGCUGGACCUGCAGCACGCGGCGGCGUUCCUGCCGCGCACGCGCCUGGUGUCGGACACGGACCUGGCCGUGACCAAGGGCUCCGACCUCGCCAUCGUCACCGCCGGCGCGCGGCAAAUCCCCGGGGAGACAAGGCUGAACCUGCUGCAGAGGAACGUGGCGCUGUUCAGGAAGAUCGUGCCGGCUCUGGCGGAGCACUCGCCGGAUGCUCUGCUGCUCAUCGUCUCCAACCCUGUGGACAUUUUGACGUACGUGGCGUGGAAGCUGUCAGGGUUCCCGGUCAGCCGUGUCAUCGGUUCGGGCACCAACCUCGACUCGUCGAGGUUCCGUUUCCUCCUCGCUGAGCACCUCGACGUCAACGCACAGGACGUGCAGGCUUACAUGGUGGGCGAGCACGGUGACAGCUCGGUGGCCAUCUGGUCGACGGUGAGCGUGGCCGGGAUGCCGGUGCUCAAGUCGCUGCAGGAGAGCCACAGCAGCUUCGACGAGGAGGCGCUGGAGGGCAUCCGCCGUGCCGUCGUCGACAGUGCGUACGAGGUGAUCGGCCUCAAGGGAUACACCUCCUGGGCCAUCGGCUAUUCGGUUGCCAACCUCGUGGCCUCCCUGCUCCGCGACCAGCGGCGCAUCCACCCGGUGUCGGUGUUGGCCAGCGGAUUCCACGGCAUCCCGGAGGACCACCAAGUCUUCCUCAGCCUCCCCACGAGGCUCGGCCGCGCCGGUGUCCUCGGCGUCGCCGAUAUGGAGCUCACUGAUGAGGAGACCAGGAGGCUCCGGCGCUCGGCCAAGACGCUCUGGGAGAACUGCCAGCUCCUCGGCCUCUAAUCUCAUCGACACUUGUCAUGGCGGGUCGUGCUUAGCGAUCGAUGUCAUGACAAUCUUUUUAGUCGUCAAUGCUACCUUGUCAAUAAAAUUUCGUGGUACUCCGUAUGUACGUUAUCGAAACAAAGAAAUUUGUGAUGUAUUCUGGAGCA